AUGUAUAUCGAUAAAAAUCGAUUUUCAACAAUUGAUCAUACAGGUGAACGAGUUAUUGGUGUUGGCGUUGACGGACUUGCAUUGAGUGGUGGUUAUGAAUGGAAAUUAAAUCAUUAUGGUCUUGCAAUAGAUAAUAUAUACUUCAAUAUGAAGCAUACAUUACUACAAACUGAAGUUUACGAAGGUGUUCUCUAUUAUGGUCCAUCUGAAAUUGAUCAAGUAUUGGCUGCUAUUCUCAACUUUCAAAACAAUAAUACAGAUUCUAAAGCUUAA